AUGGGCGACCACUCCGAGCGGAAAACCGUGGGCGGGCGUGUGGCCAUUGUCGGCACUGGAAGUCGUGCAGCGAUGUUCGUCCGGGGUAUCGCUGAGCGUCCUGCCAGUGCUGUGGUUGCUAUCCUUGAGCCCAACUCUAUUCGCGCAGCGUAUUAUAACGACCCCCUGAAGUCUUUGGGCUCCCCGACUAUUCCUGUAUAUAAACCGGAACAGUUCAAAGUCAUGCUCAAGGAGGAAAGAGUGGAUACCAUCGUUGUCAUUUGUAUAGACGCCUUACACCAGCUAUAUAUCAUUCCAGCGCUGGAGGCUGGAGUUCGGGUACUUACCGAGAAGCCUAUGACCACCGAUGCCGACAAGUGCCGCGCCAUCCUGGAAACUGUGCAAAGAACCGAUCGUCAUCUGACCGUUGCCUUCAAUUACCGGCAUCGACAGAAGGGUAAUUCUGGCGGUCUGAUGGUGCACAAAUCUGGCCAUCACUUCGAUCUCGUGAACUGGUGGAUUGAUUCAGAACCGGAAACUGUCGUUGGUAUGGGUAAGACCGCGUUCUAUGCUCGUGGUAACGACGAAGCUAGGAAAGAUCAUUUCGCCAUGCAUAUGGAGAUGGACAACACUGCGCAGAAGCUUUAUGCGGAAGCUGAGAGUGAGGACGGUUAUCAUCGUGAUAUGAAGGUCUUCGGGCCUGACAUAGCUAUCGAGGACGACAUGAGCGUCAUGGUGCGCUACGAGUCCGGUGCCGCCCUGACAUACUACUUGACCACCUAUUCCCCAUGGGAAGGAUAUCGUGUAAUGUUCAACGGUUCUGAGGGUCGCCUCGAACUCGAUGUCGUCGGAUUCACUUAA